AUGUUCUGUAAACCUUUCUGGACCUCGAUUCUUCUCUUUGCUUGCAACUGGGUACACACCCAGGCAGAGCCGAUCCGAGUCUUGGACGUCGACUUCCCCGAUCCCUGUUUGAUACAAGCCGAUGACCAAUACUGCGCCUUUGCUACAAAUGGAAAUGGUGUCAAUAUCCAAGUUGCCUCCUCUGCCGAUUUUAUCUCGUGGCAGUUGCUUGCGGGACAUGACGCUCUCCCUGGACCGUUUCCUUCAUGGGUGGGCUCGUCCCCAGCAGUCUGGGCCCCCGAUGUGAUUCAACGAGGGGAUGGAAAAUUUGUGAUGUACUUUGCUGCCACGGCCGCAGCAGACACAAGCAAACACUGUGUCGGCGUGGCGAUAUCAGCCAGUGUGACUGGGCCUUACAUCCCCGAAAGCCAGCCAUUAGCAUGUCCGCUCCAACAAGGCGGUGCCAUUGACCCAGACGGCUUCUACGACCAGGGUACUUUUCACGUCGUCUACAAAAGUGACGGGAACAGCCUAGAUGGAGACGGUACACUUCAUCCUACGCCGCUUAUGCUUCAAGCACUGGAAUCCGAUGCGAUAACUCCCAUAGGCUCACCAAUCCAGCUUUUGGAUCGCAGCAAUACAGACGGGCCCUUGAUUGAAGCACCUAGCUUGGCAAAGCAUAGUGGUAUAUACUACCUGACUUUCUCGUCGAACAUGUACGAUACCACGUUAUAUGAUGUCAGUUAUGCUGUGGCAUCCAAUCUCGCAGGCCCGUAUACCAAGGUCCAGGCCCCAAAUGCCCCCUUGCUGGUCUCUGGCAAUGGCAGUGAUGUUGGACCCUUGUCUGGACCCGGGGGGUCUGAUUUCUCAGUCGAUGGUACGAAGAUCGUCUUCCAUGCUUUUGAGAACGGACAGAACAUCGACAAUGGACGGGCAAUGUAUGUCUCUCGGGCCCAGCUUUCCCAGGGAGUCAUUCAUCUUGCGCGAGAGACGUAUACGGGAAGACACUCGUAUUCUAAGCUCUGA